AUGGCUGAGGAUCGAAAAGACGAUGAGGCCACGAUCAAGGUCGCAUCCAAGAAGAACACAGGCAAGGGCAAGCUAGGAGGGUUCAAGCUGAAAGAAAAGAUUCCCAAGCUGAAGGAGGCCGGCAGCCAGGAUGGAAAUGUCCUUGAAGACAAGAAGAGCAAGUCGAGCGCCAACGCGGCGGCCAACCCCGUGCCAUCACCGAGCGAACCGUUCCACGAACUCGAUGAACUCCCUCGGGAGACCUUCAUCAAGGGCUAUCCCAUGGUUGAUGCCCCUGCCCUGACAUCGUGCAAGUGGUGCAAGAAAAGCAUUCUUAUGACCACUGCUGUUGAACACAUCAACGGCUGUCUGAAGAUCAAAAAGGAGAAGGCGAACCGGAAAAAGGCCGCACGAGAAGCCAGGGAGCGCGCAAAAGAGGCUGCGCUGAGAGAGGAGCGCGAGCGCCGGGCAGAAGAAGAAGGCAUCACGCUUGGAGCAGACGGCGACAGCGGCGAUGAUGACGACGACGGAGAGAAAGUUCCUGGAAAAACAACGAAGAAGGUCGCCGGCAAGAAGACGGGAGAAGGCGGCCCUUCGGGCAAGAAAAGGAAGGCUGAGGGUGAGGCAGACAAGGGCCCGAAACAAAAGAAAAAGAAGGAUGAGCCGAAGCCCAAGACGAAACCCAAAGAGGCUGCUCUCGAUGCCAACGCCCCGAUUGAGGAAGAUGAUGAUCCCAACGCUGGCCCUGUCGACAGUGACGAAGAGACGGCCGCUGUCAUGGCUGCUCUCGCCAAGUGGAAUCCGCAACCUGUUGUGCCCCAACCGGUGUUCAAUAAUAUUCGGCGCGAAUAUCAAAUGAACCGGCUACAACAACAGCUGGCAGCCGCCACGGAUAAUGGGCGCAAGAAUAUUUUCAAAGUCAGUGGCUACGGAGCUCAACGCCUACCGCCUGGUCACGCUGGCCAUCGCCCGCCUGUCCCUGUUAUGCCUGUUUUGGACCAAGAGGAUGCUCCUGGUGAGGAAGAGGACGAUGUCCCAAAUAUGCCAGGCAGUGCAACCUUCGCGCCGAUGCAGGCCCAGAGACAAGUGUCCGUCGGUGGUCCGGCUUAG